AUGGAUUCGUUCGAUGACGAAGACUCCCUGAUUCUUCCAUUUACUUCCGUCUCUUCGUCUGGUCAUCACCCUCAUCAUUAUCCUCGAUCGAUCACUGCCGCUACAUCGGCCACUAGAUUUGGCCUGGGUCAGGUCCAUACUACUCAAGACCUAGAUAGUGAGGAUUAUAUCUACACUACUAUCAAUCCCCUCCUUACCAUCUCUCAUCAUCACGAUCAUGUUGAUCCUCAUUCUCUUCCCCCUCCCAUGCAUCCUGGAACCUCUUUAAACCCUGAUGAUACUGCCAAUAUAGCACCGGAUGCUCAAGAAGAUAUAUUCGAUGCCGGCCAAUUACCAUCAGUAGCCUAUAACGACUUUAGUUAUAAUUCAAUUUUCGGAAACUCAUUAAACGAUCCGAUAAACAAUUUUACACUACCUACCGACGACGAACCAUUGAGACAGCUUGGUACAGAAUUCACGUCAAAUAAUGGAGCUGCAGUCGGGUUCCAGCACAUGCCGCCGCCUGCACAGUCUGCGAGUGCUUUAAGGUCACUGCAACGACCUAGACAGCCCGUGUUGCAUUUCCAUCGCCCCAUGCACUUCCCGAUUCAUUACUCUAUGCAAAGACCUUUUGACCCCCUUAUUGACCCCGAUAUGGGUCUUUAUAUAAACCCGUAUACGAACACCCGGAUGCAUUUUCCCACACAGACAGUGCGUCAGCCUAUGCAUAAAAUGCAUACGCGGGGCAUAAUGCCCGACCUUGUACGAACAAGGGAGGAGGAUGAAGCGGAGGAAAAAAUGGGAAGAUCUGCCGAGAUAGCUGCUAGAUUUCCACCGGAAAUGAUUCCGGUAAACUAUACAACGGCGCCCGAGGCUAAUUUAGAUGAACCAUUUGAUUUAACUAAAUUGCUUGGAGAGGAACCUGAGGCUGAACCUGGAGUGGAGAUAGAGGUAGAAUCUUGGGAUGAGGGAGAUCAAGGCGGAACGCAGCUGGCCUCAUCAAUGGCUGCUUCUGCUACCAAGAGGAGCUCUCCACGGGCCCGAGAUUCUCAUCUUUCGGGUCAGCGCUGUUCUCGUGCAAUCGGGUCAGGGAGUUUGAAGAACCAUCGAAGGCUGGAUUAUGUAAAGCGAAAGAAGGAGUUGAUGAAACGAAGGUAUGGGUUUUUGGGACUUCGAGAACGGCAUCAAAUGUUUUAUGUCCAGGAUGUGCGGAACCACUGUCGUAGCUCUGGAGUAGAUGAUCCGGAGAAUCCAUGGCUUAAAUAUAAUUUCGAGGCCGAACUUAAGGCUUUCAGAAAUAUUGGGAAGUCUCUAUUGGGGCCGCUAUCCGAGCUACCUCAGCUGCCAGAGCAGGAUAGCCAUACGUCACCAUCUAUCGAUCAUAGUACCGCCGAUCAGAAGUCUAGAGCCUCCACUAGUACAACGAAAGGAGCUACAAAAAAGACCGACGAUAGCUCCGCUGAAAAAAAACCCUCAGUAUCCGCUGCGGAUAGAUUGGAGAAGGAGCAAGACGAUAGAGAUCGGCUUGCAAGGUAUCAUCGAGCUUGCAUUCUUCGCUCUAUCCCUCGUGCAUUAUUCAACACAAAGUUACUAGAUCCUCUCAACCCGGACAUAGGCAAACCUGGGAGGUACUUAGAUCUUAUCCGAAAGAUACACCGAGCAAAUGUCCGCCCUUGCCUCAAGUACUUUCUUUACAGAGAACUGGAUUUUGUUCAGUCUACAGCACUUAAUGAGGGCGGUAGCUCUGCCUUAGCAGAUCGCAUUUCGUCUCUCGAGUGGGAUAUCCGAGAUUAUAUGAAAAGGGGUGAGGUACGAGUGACCCAAAAUAUCCGAGUGGUCGUAAGAGACUACCGUGCCGGGUUCAUUAAGUUGCCCCAGGAAGGUUCUUGUAUCCUGUAUCAUGAUGGAAAGCUGCUCGGUCACUUCAGGGCUAAUAGACUUCUUCCUUUCCUCUACCCAUUUCUGGGGAGGACGGCUGGUCCGGUAUGGAAAGAGGACGGGAAUCAACCGAAGCCGGUACCCGAAGUAUACAUGCGGGCUUACGCGCAGAUGUUCCCAGAGGACUUGCUGCAGCUUGGCUACUGUAGGCAUGGGCGUCCAGUUAAUAACCCGCAAACCCGUGGCCGCCACAGUAACUAG